AAUCCUGACAGAAAAGCCCUACCACAUCUCUCUCCCUCUCUCUGUAUCUAUCCCUCCAACUAGCUGAAGCCUGUGAAAAAAGAAUGCAGGCCCGUAGGACGUGUUCAAAAAGACAAUAUCUUCUUUGCAGUACAGUGGAUGAAACUCCAAGGCGGAUUCAAUUCGCCAGUGCUAGUGUGUGAGAAGAGAAACGAACAGGAGAAGAGGCUCUGCUUGCAUGCCUCUAGGAUGAGCCAGUAACCAUGGUGCAAGGCGAGGAGAGUUCUUGGAGGAUGGCGAGUGCACAUGAGAGAGUAGCACUGCCUUUCAACCAGGCACUCGCAUAUGGAGUACAAGCCCAUGCUGCUGCUGCCGCUGCACCGCCUGCCUGCUUCUUGGACUUCCAGCCUGCGGCCGCAGCCGCUGCCUACUUCGGCGAGUUGGAGGAGGCACUGAUCCAUGGGGGCGCCAGCGCCAGCGUCGAUCCCAGCAUGAUCAAGAGCGACGUGCAGACAAAGUCGGCAGGAUAUCUCGCGGCCAGGCCCCCCACGCUGGAGAUCUUCCCUUCAUGGCCAAUGAGGCAUCAACAGCAACUGCACAGUGGGAAUUCGCAGUCAGUAGGGAGCACCCCUGACUCGAGCUCAGCACAGAACACAAUGUCACAGAUGGAGUUGGUGUCCCCAGCCUCGUCUGCGCAGCGGCAGGAGGUCAUGAUGGUGACCACUGAUGAUUACAGCUACAAGCCAGGCCUCGCUGCUGCCGCUGCCCCUCCUCCGCCUGGCCCCGCUGCCGCGCCAAGCUUUCAGCAGCAGCCGAUGCAGCUGCACGGAGGAGUCCAUGACAAGAGGAAGCAUGGAUCCACAAGAAAAGAUGGCAAGUUGGUAGAUACCAAGACGGAACGGAGGCUGGCACAGAACAGAGAGGCAGCGAGGAAGAGCAGGCUGAGGAAAAAGGCUUACGUGCAGCAACUAGAGACUAGCAGGAUCAGGCUUCAGCAGGUCGAGCAUGAGCUCCAGAGAGCACGGUCACAGGGUCUGUUCGUUGGAGGGUGCAGCGCCGCCGGGGACAUGAGCUCUGGCGCCGCCAUGUUCGACAUGGAGUACGCGCGGUGGCUGGACGACGACAGCAAGCGGCUGGCGGAGCUCCGCGGCGGCCUGCAGGCGCACCUGCUCGACGGCAACCUGGGCCUCAUUGUGGAGGAGUGCAUGCACCACUACGACGAGCUGUUCCAGCUCAAAGCGGCACUCGCGCGCUCCGACGUCUUCCACCUCCUCACUGGCACGUGGGCCACCCACGCCGAGCGCUGCUUCUUCUGGAUGGGCGGCUUCCGCCCGUCAGAGCUGCUCAAGAUACUGAUACCGCAGCUGGACCCGCUGACGGAGCAGCAGCUGCUGGGGAUCUACAACCUGCAGCAGUCGUCGGAACAGGCGGAGGAGGCGCUCGCGCAGGGCUUGCACCAGCUGCACCAGUGCCUGGCCGACACGGUCGCCGCCGGCACGCUCAACGACGGCGCUGCCGCCGCCAACUACAUGAGCCUCAUGGCCGUCGCACUGGAGAAGCUCGGCAGCCUCGAAAGCUUCUAUCAGCAGGCUGACAAUCUAAGGCAGCAGACGUUGCAUCAGAUGCGCCGGAUCCUGACCACUCGGCAGGCGGCACGGUGCUUCCUCUCCAUUGGGGAGUACUACCGCCGUCUCCGAGCUCUCAGCAACCUCUGGGCUUCCCGUCCUCGCGAGAACUUCAUUGGGACAGAGAGCCUCAGCCCCACAGCAACCGAGCUGCAAGUCAUGCAUCAACAGCAGCAGAAUCAGUUCUCCGGAUUUUGAAGCCUCACCUGGAGGGUGUAAACUUCUGCCGGCGACAAUGGUGAUGUUACAAAGAGGGAGAUAUUGGGAGAGGAGAGGAAGUUGGAUUGUAAUGUUCUAUUAUUAAAGUACUGAAAGCAACAUCACUUGGAGAAAGGGAGGGGAUGAAAUUGUUGUGGUGCAAUGCUGGGUGGCUCACCUGUUCAUAUGGCUCUUGAACUGAUUGAAGGGUUAGCACCACAGACUUUUGUGCGUAACAGAAAAAAAAAAGAGUAAA